AUGGCACACGAGGGUUCUGGGAACGCGUCGGUCGCGGCAGUGAGCGUGAAAGUGCCUCCUUUCUGGGUAGAAGAACCCGAGAUGUGGUUCGCUCAGUUAGAGGGACAAUUCCUCGUGGCCGGAAUAACUGUGGACGCGACAAAGUUCGCAUACGUGGUCGGCAAUCUGGAGGGUCGGUACGCCAGAGAAGUAGCAGACAUUAUAAAAAACCCGCCGAUAGUGGACAAAUACGACACCUUGAAAAGGCAACUUGUGGCAAGAUUGUCCCAAUCAGAGGACAGGAAGCUGUCAGAGGACAAGAAGCUACGUCAGCUACUGGAAAGAGAAGAACUGGGGGAUCGCACUCCCAGCCAAUUUCUAAGGCAUCUCAAGAGUCUGGUAGGAGAAGCGUCUGUGCAGACGAUAUUGCCAACGCAGGAAAAAGCACCAUUAGAAGACGCCACGAUUUUAGCGGAUAAAGUAUACGAAUUGGCGCCACAAGGUCCUCAAAGUAACAUGGCGGCGGUGGCGGUAGAGAAGCCAUCCGGAAUUUCCGCCAUUGAACGGAAGGUGGAAGAACUAACCAAGAUGGUGGAACAGUUGACGACCAGGUCGCGUGGUCCAUGGCGAAAAAGAUGGCGCGGUAGUUCCCGCGACAGGAGCGCAAGCGGGAACCGCGUUCGAUACCAAAGCGACAAGAAAAGGUAUGAUGAUUGUUGGUAUCAUUACAAAUGGGGCAAGAACGCGCAUAAAUGCGUACCGCCGUGUAAAUAUGCACCCCCGAGGCAGGAAAACUAG